AUGGGGAGAGUGAAGCUUCAGAUCAAGAGAAUUGAGAACACAACAAGCAGGCAAGUCACUUUCUCAAAAAGGAGAAAUGGACUUAUCAAGAAAGCAUAUGAACUUUCUGUUCUCUGUGAUGUUGAUGUAGCUCUCAUCAUGUUUUCCCCAUCAGGAAGACUCGGUCACUUCUCUGGAAAUAAGAGCAUUGAAGAGAUUCUGGUACGGUAUGUUAAUCUUCCUGAGCAUGAGCGAGGAAGGCUGCAGAACCAAGAGUUUCUGCAAAGGGCUCUCGGUAAGCUAAAGGCUCAAGCAGAUCAAACCUAUCAAAAAGCCAGCCCGAUGAGUACUGAUUCUCAAAUAGAGGAGAUUCAACAAGAAAUUGUUGGCUGUAAGUCUCAAUUGGAAGAUAUGGAGAACCGGCUAAGAAUAUUUGAAGGAGAUCCUUUCGAAAUCACAACAUUGUGUGAGGCUGAACACCGAGAGCAAAUCCUUCAGGAAACUCUGAGACGUGUACAAAUCCGCAAGAAAACUUUAGAGAAAGAGUUUAGUUCUGGCAUACCAGUACCACCUCCAAUUUUAAAGGAAUAUCUGCCUCCAAAUACUACAAAUAUAAGUGAUCUUAUAAGAGAAAAUCCAACAAAUAUGCUGGAUUGGCUUCCUGAAAGAGAUCCACAAGUCCAGCUUCUAAAUUUUCUGGAUUCAAAUGGCCUUCUUCCCCUAAGAGAUCAGCCGCAACCUGUGACAGAAAUCUUACCGCCACCAACAACUCUUCAUGGACAAAAUAUGAAUCUUCGUGAUCAGAUGAGCCUAAGAAGUGGUAUGGUGGACAAUAAUAAUUUACAACGUCCUGAUUUUGGACAAGUUAUUGAUGUCAACUUGUCCCCAUGGACUGAGUUUUACCCGGCAGGUACUUAA